AUGACGUUCCCCAUCACGUUCCGUGGCUGGCGCCAGCCCGCCGUCGCGCGACCGCCCUUUGACCCGCGCCGCGCCUGGCGCCGCGCCUUCCUCGUGCUCCAGAUCCUCCGCGCGCUUCGCAUUCUCGGCGAGCGCGCGGCCGCCCGACGGGCGUACCUCGAGAAGCAGCAGAUGUACAUGUACGGGUCGGGCACACCGCGCUGCGCGACGCCAGGCUGUAGCUCUAACUGGUACUAUGUGCAGAAGAACGGCCACUGCACGGCCUGCAAUGCGAACCGGACGCGCCAGGCGCCCGACUUUAGCAUGAUGGACACGCUGCGCCGCGCGGUCGAUAAGGUCAAGACCGCGAUCCGCGGCAACAAGGAGGACGAAGACAUGGAGAGUGGCCUCGCCGACGAAGAGUACGCGAUGAUGCAGCAAGUCGAGUGGCAGCAAGAAACCUCCAAGCCGCACGCGCCCGUCUUUUCGCAGGCCAACGCGAACGGCACGUCGUCGCUGAGCCUGAGCAACCUCCGCCUGCACUACAACCUCUCGCGCAUGCCGCCGCAGACCAACACAUCGUCGAGCCUUCUCGACAGCAAGGUCGUCGACCAGCUCGUGCGCCACGCGUCGUCGUGCGCGGCGGCCGACGAAGGCCAUUUGUGUCCGACGGGCGGCUGCGCAGAAAUGCGUCGCGUGCUACAUCACACGACCGUGCACCCGUACGCGGAGCCCAACUGCACCGACUGCAUCAAGACGUACCGCAUCCUCAUUAGCCACGCGGAGCGCUGUGGCUUCGAGUCGCCGUGCCUUGUCCCGCGAUGUGAAGCGGUCAAGUUGCACCUCCAACGCAAGGCGCAGACACAGAUGGUGCUGCCGGCGCCGCCCGCCGACGGCCCGCAGCUCUGCUGGGUGCGGACGCCGCAAAUGUCGUGGUGGCCCGCGAUCCAGUACCCACUCAACUACCCGUUGCCGCAGCUGCCGCAGUAUGUGCUCGACCAGUACCAGGAGGGCUGCCAAAUCGUGUGCUUCCUCGGCGAUCGCCAGUUUGCCUGCAUCCACACGCAAUACAUCAUGCCGUGGAGUCAACCCGCGCAGCCGACGGUUGUGCCCAACGCCGAGGUGUGCACGCACCCGGUGUGCGAAGACCUCCGGAGCUGCCUCGGGUACGUUGCGCCGUGCAUCUUCCUGACGCACGCCAAGCAACAACAACCAACGACGGUCUCGCUGCCACCGCUGCCGCCGCAAGCGCCUCGGACAGGCCUGCCCUCGCUCCAGUCGAUAUUUUCGCGCGAGCCCAAGCCGUUGGCGCACCCGCCGACGUACGACGGCAUCAUGUACUCACCGGAAGUGCACAUGAAGAAGCGCAAGCUCAUCCAGACGUUCAACCGGGCAUAGACGAUGAUGCCAUGGUAUAUACUACAUGUAGGGUAGGAGACGAGAAGGGCCGGGUAGGAGGUAGCCAUAGCAGCGGCCGGCCAUGUGUGUUGUAGUAGCGACUAUUUAGGACCAUAAAGCGAAGACAGCAUUGGUAUCUUCCACCUCGUG